AUGGUUGAAAAAUCGUAUGGAGGACCCAGCAGCAAUGGGGACCGGUACAACCGUGGCCCUCCAAGGUUCAGGGGCCCACCAGACCAGAUGAGGGGACCAUACGGUGGCGGCGGCGGGCACCGCUCCAGAGGCCCACCCCCAAGGGAGUUUCGGAACAGGUUUGGAGGCCCACCUCCGUUUGAUCCGCGUUUUGGACCGCCUCCAAGGAACCGGUUCGGACCUCCGCCAAGGAACAUGCCUCCUAUGCCUCCAAAUAUGCAGCCACCGCCCGGAGGAAUGGGAGGUGGCAUGAUGCCCCCUCCCGGCAUGCCGCCCCCGGGCAUGCCCCCUUUCUUUCCCCCUCACAUGGGGGGUAUGCCCCCCAUGCCCUUCCCGCAACCACCCCCUAACCAGCAAUCCCAGCAGCAGCCACAGAGCGGGCCCAAGCCCGCUGCCUUGACCACGCCCCCUCCCGGGGUCAGUCCGGCAGUGUUUGCCAUCGCCAUGGAUACCAACCAAGACUUUUGGGUGGAGAAUGCAACGCCGGAAGGAAAGACGUACUUCUUCCAUGCCAAGAAGCGAGAGCCGACGUGGACCAAGCCGGAGAACGUGCGUAUCAUCAAGCAGUCGGACCUGAACGCGAUAGCGGCGGCUGCGGGAGUGUCCCAGCAACCGACCAGCAGCACUGCCGCGUCCACAACCAGUGACACUAAGACCCCUGAUUCAACCGCUUCGGAUGCCAGCGCAGGGCAGAAGGCAUCAAAUGAUGCUGCCAGCAGCCCGCAGUCAGCCACACCCCCCACUCAGUCCCAGUCCACCCCGCCCACCUCACAGCCCUCUGGGGCCCCUGGGAUGGGCAUGCCCCCACGGAUGAACAUGACCCCUGGCCAGGGGCUGCUACCGCCACCAGGGGGGAUGAUGCAGCCUCCUAUGGGUAUGCCGCCCCCAGGGGGAAUGCCACCCCCUGGGAUGAUGCCCCCACCUAACUUUGGGCCGUUUGGGGGCCGCAUGCCCCUCCCUGGGAUGCCUGGUAUGCCCCCUAUGCCCAUGCCAGGCAUGAUGCCCCCCAGAAUGCCGGGUGGAAUGCCCAUGCCCGGUGGGGGCAACAUGAUGCAACAGCCGCCAGCUAACCAGCAGCCACAAAAUCAGCCGCAGCAACAGUCGCAACCACCGUCACAACAGAAUCAGUCGGGCCCACAGCAGUCGGGCUCAAACCAAUCAACUCCACAGCAGCAACAACAGUCAAACCAGACGAACAACAGCGCUCCUGCCAAGAGUGAAUGGAUGGAGUAUAAGAGCAGUGAUAGUAGGACCUACUACUACAACACUCGGACCAUGCAAUCUACAUGGGAGAAACCAAAAGAACUGGAAGAAGCAGAGAAAAAAGCAGCGGAGGAGGAAGCCAAGAAGAAAGAAGAGGAGGAAGAGAAGGAGAAAGAGACCGAGACACCGGCAGAAGAGGAGGAGGACAAGGAGGAGAUGGAUGACACGGAAGAAGAAAAACCAGAAGAUAAAGAGGAGGAGAUGGACCAGUCGGAGCCUGUUGUGGAGAGCAAACCUGUGGAGGUUGUGGAAACCAAGAAAGAAGAAGAGAAGCCAGUGGACAAAUCAAAACCAAUCGCUACCAAGCCAAUCCCGGGCACCCCAUGGUGUUUGGUAUGGACUGGCGAUAGCAAGGUAUUCUUCUACAACCCCAGUACAAGGCAGUCUUUGUGGGACAGACCUGAAGAUUUGCUGGGUAGGACGGACGUUGAUAGGAUGGUGCUGGAGAAGCCCCCGCAAGACGAGGACGAGAAGAAAGAAGAGAAGAAGGAGGAGACAAAGGACCACGAUGAGGAGGACCACGAGCCCAAGGCCAAGAAGAAGAAGAAGGACAAGCACCAGGGAGAUCCUGAGAAGCUAGCGGCGCUGGAGGCCGAAGUCAAAGCGGCCCGGGAGAGGGCGCUCGUUCCCCUUGAGAUCAGGCAGAAGCAGUUCAGAGACAUGCUGCUGGAGAGAGGGGUUUCAGCGUUCUCCACCUGGGAGAAGGAGCUCCACAAGAUUGUCUUUGAUCAGAGGUACCUACUCCUGACUCCCCGGGAGCGGAAGCACGAGUUUGAGAACUUCAUAAAGACGAGGGCAGACGAGGAGCGCAAGGAGAAGGCCACCAAGGUCAAACAGAGCAAGGAUGACUUCAAGGCUCUCAUGCAGGAGGCCAAACUGACUCCAAAGACCACAUUCAGUGAGUUUGCCCAGAAGUAUGGCAAGGAGUCCAGGUUCAAGGCCAUCGAGAAGAUGAGAGAACGAGAGAGCCUCUACAACGAGUACAUGCUUCAGGUCCGCCGACAAGCCAAGGAGGAGGGCAUCAGCAAGGCUGAAAAGAUGAAGAAGGAGUUUAUGGCGAUGUUGGAGGACCAUAAGGAGGAGCUGAAGUUCUCUGCCAGUACUCGCUGGAGCAAGGUCAAGGAUCUGAUGAAGUCGGACCCUCGCUAUAAGGGCGUCGAGAGCAGCUCCAAGCGGGAGGACAUCUUCCAUGAUUUCAUCGACCAACAGUUCAAGAAUAACGACGAUGCGGAGAGGCAGAAGCGCAUCGAGGUUAGUUUGCGUGAGCGCGAGAAGGAGGUUCAGAGAACACGCACUGAGCAGCAGAAGGAGCUUGAUCGAGAGAGGGAUCAGUAUAGGAAAGAUGAAGCCCAACAACAUUUUAAUGCUCUACUGGCUGACCUGGUGCGCGAUUCCGAUGCCAGCUGGCGUGAUACCAGGCGCUCUCUGAGAAAAGACAGCCGCUGGAAGCUGGCAGAGUUGCUGGACCGAGAUGAAAAAGAAAAGAUCUUCAACGAGCAUGUCGGCAAUUUAUCUCGCAAGAAGAAAUCAAAGUUCAGGGAACUUCUAGAUGAGACAAAAUCGCUUGAGCUAACAUCAUCGUGGAAAGAAGUUAGGAAGGCCAUUAAGGAAGACCCUCGCUUCACCAAGUUCUCUUCUAGCGAUAGGAAACGUGAGCAUGAGUUUGAUGAUUACAUCAAAGAGAAAUACUACGACAGUAGGGUAGCCUUUAAGAAGCUUCUAAAGGAAACCAAGUUCAUCACAUACAAGUCCAAGAAGAUGAUCGAGGAGUCCAAGCAGCACUUUGAGGACAUAGAGAAGGUCCUGCAGAAGGACAAGCGUUACCUCAUCCUGGACUGCGUUCCCAACGAGAGGAAGGACAUGCUGAUGGAAUACAUAGAACAGGUGGCACGGAGCGGACCUCCCCCGCCCCCAACGGCCUCGGAACCAUCCAGGAGAUCCAUAAUGAAAUGAGGAUCCAGCUCGGUGGAGCGGACCUUGCUUCAUCAGAUCCUGAAAGGACAGUAUUAAGAACGUCUACACUUUGAUUACAGCUACUUAGAUUGACUGCACAAUGGGUACUACUAGUCCACGGACACCUUUGAAGUUUCCAUGUAAAAUGAGCUGAGCCCCGCCCAUCACAGUGGAAGACACAAAGUUUACUGCCUGAUAAGGACCGGACUUGGUUCCAAGGACGGGUGUGGAUGAAGCGUUCCCCUAGCCUGCAAGACCAACGGGCUUGCAUUUUGAUGAGACUAUUAAGAAUGUUGCCGAUUCUACCUUGAGGAAAUGCUUUCCGAAUAGGAAUGUAUCACUUUUGUUUGUCUGAAUGAGGUCAUCAUGUGUGAUUGAGGCUGAUGAUGAUGCCUUAUGCAUCCAAGAAUGGAAGAUUUUUCCUCGAAUUCCGUGUAGAAAGGUAUUGGAAACGACGAUGAGGGUUCCGCAAUCAGGCGCAUGGGCCGGUAUUCUGAAUAUUUCUCGAUCUUUUGUCUCAUCUUCCUUAUUGUAAAUAUCUUAAUGAAAUUUGAAGGCACUGUUGAGAUUGGUGGCAGUGUGUCCUUGGACCUGGUCGUAAGACAAAAGUGUGCGAUGUUAAGCCACGGGUGAGUCUCAUUUCUGUCAUCUCUGACAAUAAAAUACGAUAACAGAUUGAAUAAUUUUCAGAAUACCAGUUAUGGUCUGUCCAAUUCUAUCCAGUUUUGUGCUGUUAUGUUGUAAUUGCACGUCACGUUUCAUGUGUGUAAGAUGAUGGGAUCGCAAUAAACAGAAUGCUCUUAUGAAGUUGUGGGAAGUUCGUGCAUAUAUAAAGUGAUUAUUCAGUGUAAUACAGUGUAUCCACAGAGUUCAAGUUCAGAGUCUGAAUGAAUCCAAUUAAUUGUGAAGUUAUAAACAAAGCCUUUGGAUGUUGUUGUAUAAGAAUUCAUUUGUACAUAACCUCUUUUUCAGCUUAUGCUCAUUAGACUAUGAAGUUGCCCAUGAAUGCUUAUUUAACUGUUGACUACUGAAUCUUGGUGCUCUGUUUGGGUAGCCUAGGGGAAUUGCAGAGUUCAAUGUUAUACAGAGUAAAAAUAUUGGUUUGAAGAAAAAUUGAGCAUUUCUGCAGCUGAACAACGAGAAUUUUGAGCUGUACAUACACUGUAACUGUGAUCGCAAGCAACUUUGACUUUUUUGAGUUAUUGUAGUUUCUUUCAAUUUUCACAACCAGGGGCGAAUCAAGAAUAUAUCAGAAGGGGGAACAAGAGUUUCUGACUUGCAAAAAACAAAGUCUAUAGAAAGGGGGGGGGGGGGGUUACAUGCUUCAAUCACCCCCCCCCCCCCUCCUUCCCUUGAUCUGUACCUGAUUUCAGUCAUUUCUUUUACAGGUUUAGAACUUUUCAAAUUGAUUUUAGCUUUAAGUUAAUCAGUUCACCCCAAAAAAUAUCAAUUUUCAUCAUACAUGGCUGUUUACCAAGUCUGUUAAUUUUGUCGUAUUUAUGAAGUCAUGUAAUUGCAAUUUGUGAAUUAUUCUCUCUCCAUUUGUUGCAAAUGUUUUAAAGUGCAGAAUUAUUAUUUGUGAUUUCAGCUUUCCAUUAAUGCUAAUGAAAUGUACAUUAUGUCUAUACUCUCAUUAUUGACACUGAUUAAUUCCAAUGAAAAUUUUUGAAAAAGAGGUUUUUUUAUGUGAAUCAUAAUUAUGAAGAGAAUAAAACGCUUCAUUUUAUUACAAACUUAUGAUACCAAUUUGUUGACUGUAUGAGGUAUUUGUUUAAACAAAUCAAAAUUCACAAACUGAUGAGUGAAAUGUAAUUCUAUCCUCUCCAUGUCAAUUAAAUUAUGAAUGUUUUAUCUAUACUAUUACUACUAGUACUUUUACUACAAGUAAUUGAAUAUUUUAAGUUAAAUCACAAAUAUACAAAUGCAAUAUAGGAUGUUCAGUUCAGCAUUUUACAGCUCUUGAAUACAUCUAAAUUACUGGCAUUUUAAUUAUUACUUACUCUUUUUGUUUGUAUGAAUUAUGUUGUCAGAAAAACCUGUAUGACAGCAAUACUACGAAAUUGAAAGAAUCAUUCUAGUUACAUUGUAUCCUUACUGCACAAUCAUUCCCAUAACUGGUGGUUCUUUCAUAAAGAUGCCAUAAGUUAAUGACUUGUGAUCCUUUCUCGUAAAUGAUAUACUAGAGCCUAAGAAAGGAUCACCAGUCAUUUGUAAAAUGUCACUUACAAACAGCUUUUAUGAAAAAUAUACCGGGGGAGCGUUUCAUCAACAUUUUUGUCCUACAUGUCGUCAGACCUGACAUCUUUCCUUGAUUCUGAUUGGCUGAGAGGCACUGCUACUAUGGUAAGUGUCUGAUAAAACGUCCGACAAGUCCUUUCAUGAAACGCUCCCCUGGUUCACAAAACGGACAUUCAAUAGUAGGAUAUUUUCUUUGAAUUGGGCCUGUCCACCUCUUUAUUGUUAACCCAAAUAAUGAUUAUACUGUGUAAUGGUGAGAAAAGUUAGGAGUGGACGGAAUCAUUGCAAUUGUUCCCCUUGGUAUGAAUUUAAUGCAUAAUGUAAAUGCCUUGUUUAGUGAAUUCAGUCGCAGAUGAUCUUUAGAUUUGGAGCAGAAAAUGUUGAAACAUUGCGCUAGAUAUUCUUGAUAUACUAGAACAUUGCAUGAAAUGUGGAGGGGGCAGUACACUCCCACCCCCCCCCCCUGGCUUAUAGGAGUUAGGCUAGUAAUUUUAGUAUUCUUGAUUGAGUAUAAUUGAUCUAAUUCUUAAUUGAGGUAGCUAGGGGGGAAUAAUUUGGCUAAUUCAACAAGUAUCACUUUGCCAAUCUUCUGUCUUUUUCAUGUAUGUUGGAAAUAUAGCUGAUGAAUUUAAUCUAUUCUAAUUUAGAAAUAACUGGUAGAUAUCUAUAAGUACCUAUGGCACCUUUUUAGUUGUCUAAGCCACUAUUCAACUCAACUCUUACUCACUCGGCACCUUUGCCAUUCUUGAUCGAUCCCUUAAUAACAGUGGCCAAUCAGGAUCGGUUUGGCAUGCACGUUUUGGUCAAAACACUGACAAGGAACCAGUCGGAAUUGUCCUUUCACGUUUACAAUCCAUCGCAAACCUUCGGGUUACAGGGGCCUAUGAGAGCCAAUGUGAAAUCCUGCACUGGCCCUAUAGCUGCUAAAAGGCGAUUGAUGUUGGGACACUACCAUGCUUAGCUACUCAAAACUCUCUAUUCUCACACUGCUGAAAUCACUAUAAUAUUCACACAUGAUUUGUUUUUAAAUUUUAUUUUUUAAUGUCACUCUCAUUGUUCCAUACAUGAUCAGGCUUCAAGACAUAUUUUAUUACAUACUGUAUGUGAGUAAAAAGUAAGAUACUGUUUAACAUUAUGUAAAGUUCAUAGAUCUUUAGAUUCAAAUGAACUUCACUCUCAGUCAAUGUUGUACUAUUUUGUUGUGUGUUUUGAUGGAAUAAAAUUAAGGAUAUUUUCCAUGGAA